UUUCGAUUAAUUCAUUUGAGAACUACCACCUUCUUCUUCAAGCAGCAGCGGCUGAAAAGAAACCUAAGUUCUCUUCUCCACACGACACUUACAGAGUUUAAGCCAUGGCCGCAGCCGUAGAAAUCGACGCUGAGAUUCAGCAGCAGCUUACCAACGAGGUCAAGCUCUUCAACCGCUGGAGCUUCGAUGAUGUCUCGGUCACAGACAUUAGUCUUGUUGACUACAUUGGUGUUCAGCCUGCGAAACACGCGACCUUUGUUCCCCACACCGCUGGAAGAUACUCUGUGAAGAGGUUCAGGAAGGCUCAAUGCCCUAUUGUUGAGAGGCUCACGAACUCUCUCAUGAUGCACGGAAGGAACAACGGUAAGAAGUUGAUGGCUGUGAGGAUCAUCAAGCACGCCAUGGAGAUUAUCCACCUCUUGACUGACGCCAACCCUAUUCAAGUUAUCAUUGACGCCAUUGUUAACAGUGGUCCACGUGAAGAUGCUACCAGGAUUGGAUCUGCUGGUGUGGUUAGGAGGCAGGCCGUUGAUAUCUCUCCUCUAAGACGUGUGAACCAAGCUAUCUUCCUGCUUACAACUGGUGCACGUGAAGCUGCCUUCAGAAACAUCAAGACCAUCGCUGAGUGCCUUGCUGAUGAGCUCAUUAAUGCUGCCAAGGGAUCUUCCAACAGCUAUGCCAUCAAGAAGAAAGAUGAGAUUGAGAGAGUUGCUAAGGCCAACCGUUAAGGGAUCUUCCUUUGUCCUAUAGUUUGCAUUGUAUCUCAAAGACCUCUUUUGUGCUGUUUUCAUUAGCUUUUGGAUAUGUUUAAAAAGUUUCUUCUCUAUCUUGAAUGAAGUUUUGACGCUUUAAACCACUUUUGUUCUUGAUCAGAAUGGUUUCAUCUUUAAGAAUAUUUGAUCUUUAUAUAA